AUGGUCAGCGUCCCUGUGGCCAUUGGCAUCGGCCUCAUCUUCUCCUUUGUCCAAUCCCUCGGCCUGACCAUCCAGCGCAAGUCUCACUUGAUUGCAGCUCGACAACCCAUCGAGGAGCGCAGACCAGAAUGGAGGCAACCACUGUGGCUCUUUGGGUUCCUCGUCUUCCUCAUUGCCAACGUGGGUGGGACCAUCUUUCAGAUUGGGGCUCUGCCGAUUGUCAUGCUUGCGCCGCUCGGUGCGGUCUCGCUACUCUACAAUGCGCUUCUCGCCAAAUUCUUGCUACAGGACGUACUCGGCCCCAUGAUGAUCGGAGGAACAGCCCUCAUCCUCGUUGGUGCCGUCCUCAUUGGCUACUUUGGCGCGAUCCAAGAAGCGCCGCAUUCACUCGACGAGCUGCUAAACCUCUUCGGCCGCGGCCCUUUCGUCGCCCUCGUUACCAUGCUUUUCAUGACCUUCACCUGCGUAAGCCUCAUUGCGCAUCUGGGAGAGUGGCAGCUGCACACCUCGCUGUUGCCGCCAGAAGAGAGAAGAGCGCGCUCUUCAUCUAAGAAGAAGGGGCAUGGCAAGCGCUCGAAGCUUGCCAGGCGGUGGCUGCUACUUGCAGUCGCCUUCGCAGCUUUGUCAGGUACCCUCUCUGGCCUCUGUCUACUGCUGGCCAAGAGCGGCGUCGAGCUGCUCGUCUUGACUUUUGGCGAGGGUAAGAAUCAGUUCAACCGUUUCGGCAGCUGGGCGCUCGUCGGGAUCAUGAUUUUUGCAGCUGUAGCUCAGCUCUGGUACCUCAACAAGGCUCUCAAGAUGGCGGACCCGACCUUUGUCUGCCCACUCGCAUUCUGCUUCUACAACACCAGCUCAAUCGCGCUUGGCCUCGUCUACUUCGAUCAGCUGGCCGCCAUCUCUACCCCCUCACUCUGCCUCAUCAUCCUCGGCAUCGUCGUCUUGCUGUGCGGUGUCUUCAUCGUCUCCAUGAAGCCCGCCGCUGAAGAUGGCGAGGUGCCGUACGACGAAGUGGCCGCAGACGAAGCUGCUGAUACUUCAGCAGACGGCCCAACUAUGAUGCAGCAG